CAUGAGAUGGCCGAGAAUGGGCAGAGAACAGGAGAUCACGGCCAGGAUGAGAAUUCUGAAAACCUGGAUUCCUUUUCUCGGAAUCCCCUCAUUUGUUCCUUGUGCCAUCAGUUAUAUGAGGAGCCAUGUCUUCUUGCUUGCUACCAUACCUUCUGUGCAAGAUGUCUCAGGGACAGAAUCCCUGAUGGAAAAGUUUGUUGUCCCCUUUGUGGCUAUUCCUUUUGUUAUGCUCUAGGCCAAGCUUUAUGUGGACCAUGUCGAGAAGAUACCCAUAGGGCACGUAUGUUCUCUCAACACGACAUCAUCCAUAUGUCCAAGAGAAGCAAGGAAGGUUUAAGAAAGUGUGGGCUCCAUGGAGAGCCCUAUAUUAUGUUCUCCACUGCCAAGAAGACUCUAUUAUGCAUCAAUUGCUUUCGAGACACUUCUAUAGAAGCACGACUGCACUGCAUUGACCUGGACACAGCUUACAAUCAAGGCUGCAAGAAGCUUGAAAGGGCUGUCUUAUCCCUGAGGGAGCUUCAAAAUUCUGUGCGGGAUGGUGUGAUCCUGUUUCGAGCCCUGUUGGAAGAACUCAAGAGGAACAUGGAAUCAGAGAAGAGUUCCAUAAAUUGCCUCUGUCAGAAUUUAGAAACUGAGAUACAUGGUGUGCAAGAGAAGUUGCUACACCAAGUUGACAACUAUUCCUUUUGUUAUGCUCUAGGCCAAGCUUUAUGUGGACCAUGUCGAGAAGAUACCCAUAGGGCACGUAUGUUCUCUCAACACGACAUCAUCCAUAUGUCCAAGAGAAGCAAGGAAGGUUUAAGAAAGUGUGGGCUCCAUGGGGAGCCCUAUAUUAUGUUCUCCACUGCCAAGAAGACUCUAUUAUGCAUCAAUUGCUUUCGAGACACUUCUAUAGAAGCACGACUGCACUGCAUUGACCUGGACACAGCUUACAAUCAAGGCUGCAAGAAGCUUGAAAGGGCUGUCUUAUCCCUGAGGGAGCUUCAAAAUUCUGUGCGGGAUGGUGUGAUCCUGUUUCGAGCCCUGUUGGAAGAACUCAAGAGGAACAUGGAAUCAGAGAAGAGUUCCAUAAAUUGCCUCUGUCAGAAUUUAGAAACUGAGAUACAUGGUGUGCAAGAGAAGUUGCUACACCAAGUUGACAAGGAAUUUGAGAGGAGAAAUGAGCUGUUCAGAAGUCAACUAAGCAGCCUGGGAACUCUCCUCCCCACAAUUCAGGACCACUUAAUAAUGUGCACCACAUUUGCAUCAUCUGCCUCAAAGCAUGAGUUCCUUCAUCUGGGAUAUCAUCUCAUUGACCGUCUCUCAGCUCUAACCCAUAUGUCUUAUCCUCUCAGGCCAUGCCAAAGCAGCCAAAUAAAGAGCAACUACAAGACAGAAUUAGCUCGGUGCUUGGAGCCACUACUGUUCCCAAAGGAGAUGGUGUCACCUGCUCCACCUCCUCCUCCUCCUCCUCCCUUGGGAACAGGAGAGGGGAUUCAGUCACCUGAUGGGGCAGAGAAUCCUCAGCCAUCAACACUGCCACAGAUGGGGACUGGAACUCAGCUACCCCAUCGACCUCCUUCAGCAAUGAGGAUUUAUGCCACUGUCCCUCCUCCAAGGAAAUCCACAGGCAAUACUCCUCAGAAUCUCAGGAUGAAAGUCACUGAAGGCAGUGGCCCUUUUGCUGAACAUUGCAAGGCCUAUGAUGUAUCUUUCAGGGAGAUGGGCACAAGGUUUGUGCAGUUGAAGGAACAGGUGCAAGAGCUUCACCGGGAUGUCACUCUCCGACGGUGUCUCACCAAGCAAGGUCGACUGGAAUACAUUCUUGAAGAAUGUGCAUCUUUGGAACGACACCUGGGAGAGACAUGUCGAGACAUGGAAGCCUUGCGAUCUGUCCUCAACAAGAUGUGGGAUGAAGAAUUGCAACGGAUUCGAUCAGAGCAAGAACUUUUCCAAAUGCAG